AUGUCGCUCUUGAGUAGAGCAAAGAUGCUGACAAGCGAAAAGUUAGACCCCUCGGUUCAUAACGAGAAGAUGAGUAAUGAGAACACCCCGCUCAUCGCGACCGUCAGGGUCGGACCUGCCCGUCGCCGCUAUCCUCACAAUGUUCUGCGCCGAUUUUGUGCCAUUGCCCUGUCCUCAUCAUUGAUCUUUCUGCUUUUCGUGUUUCUCUUCACUGUGGUGUUCUUCCCGACACACAGACACCGCAGACAUGAUUGGGAUUGGUCAUGGCCCGGCUGUAAAGACCGAAAGGUUACCUAUGAGCAACUGAAGGACAUUCUGCUCGAAACGCCUGAUAGCGACAAAGCGAGAGAAUGGAGCGAGUACUACACUGCAGGCGCGCAUCUGGCUGGCCAGAACUACUCACAAGCUGUAUGGACCAAGGAUAAGUGGGAGGAAUGGGGUAUCAAGUCAGACAUUGUAGCAUAUGAUGUUUACCUGAACCGUCCUGUUGAUCAUCGACUUGCCAUCUUGGAAAAGCCCAAGAAGGACACUUCAGCAUGGAAAGUGUCUUUCGAGGCUUCUCUGACUGAAGAUGUGCUCGAUAAGGACCCAACUACCGGAUUCGACAACAGCAUCCCGACAUUUCACGGCUACUCUGCCAGCGGGAAUGUCACAGCACCAUUUGUGUACGUCAAUUACGGAACUUACCAGGAUUAUGAGGACUUGGUCAAAGCCAAUGUGAGCUUGAAGGGCAAGAUUGCUAUUGCUCGAUAUGGUGGCAUCUUCCGUGGCCUGAAGGUCAAGCGAGCGCAGGAGCUGGGCAUGAUCGGAGCAGUGCUGUAUAGCGACCCAGGCGACGAUGGAGAGGUCACCGACGAGAAUGGAGUGGAGCAAUAUCCAAAGGGGCCAGCUCGAAAUCCUAGCAGCGUUCAGCGUGGUAGCGCACAAUUCUUGAGCAUUGCGCCAGGUGAUCCUACUACACCCGGCUACCCAUCAAAACCAGGUGUUCCACGCGGCCCCGUCGACAAUUAUAUACCAAGCAUUCCGUCUAUACCGAUCUCAUAUGCAGACGCUCUCCCAAUCUUAAAAGCACUGAACGGACACGGUCCUGCAGCAAAGGACUUUAAUAAAUACUGGACCAAGGACCUUGGCUUGGAGUACAAAGGCGUGGAAUAUAAUAUCGGACCUUCUCCCGACGAUGUCGUGCUUAACCUAUACAAUGAGCAAGAGUAUAUCACAACUCCCCUUUGGAACGUUAUUGGCAUUAUCAACGGAUCAAUCCCAGAUGAGGUAGUCGUCGUAGGCAAUCACCGGGACGCCUGGAUAGUUGGAGGCGCUGGCGAUCCCAACAGUGGUUCUGCCGUCAUUAAUGAAGUCAUUCGCAGCUUUGGCAAGGCACUAGAACAAGGCUGGAAACCUCUGCGCACCAUCGUCUUCGCUUCAUGGGACGGUGAGGAAUACUCGCUUAUUGGCAGCACAGAAUGGGUCGAGGAAUACCUACCGUGGCUCUCCCAUGCGAAUGUUGCCUACCUCAAUGUGGAUGUCGGAGUUCGCGGCCAACGAUUCACGGCUUCCGCAGCACCACUGUUGAAUCAGCUACUAUAUGAUGUUACUUCCCAGGUUCAAUCCCCCAACCAGACUAUUGAAGGGCAGACUGUCCGCGACACUUGGGAUGGGACGAUUCACACAAUGGGCAGCGGUAGCGAUUUCACCGCGUUCCAGGACCAUGCCGGUAUCCCAUGCAUCGACAUGGGUUUCCAAGCUGGACCAAAGGACCCUGUAUACCACUACCAUAGCAACUACGAUAGCUUCUACUGGAUGGAAAAAUAUGGCGACCCGGGAUUCAUCUACCAUCGAACAAUGUCGCAAGUUCUAGCUCUGACGACGGCUCAGCUUGCUGACAAGCCUGUCCUAUCAUUCGAGGCGGCAACUUAUGCCAAGGAACUUGACAACUACGUCAAAAAGGUGGAAGACAAGCUGGAAUCGACCUUGUCCAUAUCUGCAGAGCAGCCCACUAGAGAGGAUGAGAUUGUCGCUUUCCGUUCAAGGCAUCACCAUGACGGUGAUGAGGUUGUUGGCGAUGCCGACACAUUCCGUUUGGCAUUGGGCCGACUUCACGACGCCAUCGGCGGACUUCUCGAGGAAUCGAUCAAGCUAGACACCAGGGCCGAUGAACUGAAGGAGCAGAUGAAGCAGGAGAUCCCAUGGUGGAAGUGGCCCAAGAAGAUCAAGCUCGGCUUUGAGAUCCGCGGCGUUAACACCAAGUACAAAUACCUGGAGCGAAACUUCCUAUUCCGGGGUGGCCUGGACGGCCGUGAGUGGUUUAAGCACGUCGUGUUCGCGCCAGGAUUGUGGACUGGUUAUGCCGGUGCCGUGUUCCCGGGACUCGAUGAGAGCAUCGACUCCAAAGAUUACACGAAUGCUCUGAGAUGGGUGGAUAUCAUCGAGAACUCCAUCAACCACGCCACAGGUAACCUGAAGUCGCACCACUAG